AUGCCGAAGCGCCAGACGUACACGGUGUGCGGCGGGUGCGCAGGAUGGGUGUUCGACUGGAAACUUCAGCGAUCGGGAGGGUGGUGCAACAAGUGCGAAGCCUACAUCAGCGGCUGGGGCGGGAAGUCGGACCCUGGCGGUGGCGGCCAGCGCGGUGUCGGCAAACCACCGUGGGCCAAGCAGAUUGUCAUCACCUCCCCCGGUGACGAGGUGCAACACAUCAUCGACAAAUUCCAGUUGGGCAAGGGCGCCUAUGCCACAGCCAAUGUCGACAUUGGCCCGUUGCAGGCGCUCCAGGCCCAGCUCACAGCCAAGGCGCCGAAGCCCGCGGAGAUCCCCAAGGCUCAGGCACUCAGGCAGGCCAUCAACAACAUGGAUCAGAAGAAGGCGGCUCUGGCGAAGGCGGCUAGCCAGCUCAUGGAGGCGCAGCGCUGGCUGGGGGACGCUCAGGAGAAGCACAAGAAGGCGCUCGAGGACGCAGCCGACGCGGAGGAGCAGCACGAGGCCACCCUGCGGGCGCACUCCAGUGAGACCAUCCCGUCUCAGGACGAGGACUCUGCGGCGGACUGGAAGGCGCCAGAGGUGGACCCCGAGCUCUUCGCCAACUUGGACGACUACGAGGCUGAGGAUAACAAACGCAAGAAGCAGUACACGGAGUUCACGGAGGCGAAGAAGCAGGCGGAUGCCAUUCACGCGCCCCACAAGGCGAAGAAGCGGAAGGCGAACACAGGCGGCGAGCCACUGUCCGAGGAGGAGGUGCAGCAGCGGAAGGACAGGCUGGAGCGGCUCAGGAACGACGCGAAGGUGUUCUUCUCGAACAUCACACAGUGGGGCCCCAAGGCCCACAAGUUCAUCAACGAGCAGGGCAACGACAUGGAUAUCAUCAUGAUGUCCGAGACGCACAUGGCAAAAGAUAAGAUGAAGCAGGUGAAGGUCGACGUGGCCAAGGACGGCUGGAAGAUGGCGGGCACGGCGGCGGUGCCCACGCAGCGCUCGGAGGAGCAGGUCAUGGUCGAGGAAGCGGACAAGGCGUCGAAGGAGAAGACCUUCUACAUCACAGAUGAGACAUGGGAGGAGACCCUACGCUCGUUUGGCCCUGCGGAUACGCACUGCUCAGCCCCCCAGCCUAUGGGCAUUGGGGACCAGAGGGUACCGACCCGCAGUGGCUUGAGCUGGGCCCUCUCGCAGGAGCCGCAAUCCUGGGACGGCCACCUGAUCAUCCGAGACGGAAGGCAUCGCGACGCUGAAGGGGCAGCGACGAGAAUGCACGGCGAUUGGGUCACCUGUCUCGAGGAAGCGGCGAUUGCAACGGACGGGAUUGGAGAGGAGGAGGCCGCGCAUUACCGAGGGAGAGCGCCGUGCUUCGACGUUCAAUGGGCGAAGGCGAGAUCCACACCAGGCAGGACCCACAUGAAGUUCGGGCCCGCGGAGCAGUGGGGCAUCCUCAACGCUAUCCUCAUCAGGUACCAGGCGCUGCGCUCCAAUGACACGGACGGCAGGCAGCAGGCGAAGUGCUUAGCGGAGGCGAGGGCACAGGGCAAGGUCCUGCGGGGGAUGGACCAGCGCCAGGUCUUCGGCAAGAAGCACGGUGACACGGCGCAGCAGAGGUUCUACGAGAUGCUGGGUGACCUGCCAGAAUUGGAUGAAGCGCAGAUCGGCAACUUAGCGAUGCAAGCAGAAG